GAGAGGCCAAAGGAUCCGACUCUGAGAGCACAGGACCAGAGUCCAAAAUCACAAAGACAGCAUCUCGAAUUAUGCUGCAUGGCCAAGUCUCUGGCCGAGCAUACCAGGCACCACGCAUUCUGGAAAUGGUAGCACCGCCCAAGGCUCCCCUCGACUCCACUACGACCAUCCCGUCCACUGGCAGCAAACUGGUUCCUAGCAUCCAAACCAAACAUGAAGCCGCCCUCGGGACUCUGUUGCGCGAAAUGCUGGCUUGUAAAGACUCCAUCCCCCUGUACUCGGGCUUGAGACAGUCGAAAUGGCAACAGAUGCUUCAGAUCGGCAUCUACGUACUUCAGAAUUCCGCUUGGCCAGCCAUCUGGGCAUCCGAGCAUCUCGACUUGGGCCCAAACACGGUUCAAUCUCUGGACGACGCCGAUGUCAUGUACACGACGUGGGAUCAUCUCGAGGCGUACAUCGAUAGCGGUAAAACUCUCACGCUGCCGACCGUCGUCCGUGGAGAAAUUCCGCAGCAACGCCAUUCCGAGUCAUCUGUUCGCCAGCAAUUCUCCGAACGUAUGGAAGACCGUUUCGGAAACAACAAAAUCGACGUCCAAGAUCCCUCGAUUCACAUUGACCAGGCCAGCGCCCGUGCCGUUCCAACAGCAGAGGUACUACAGCGACUCGAACAGGCCAAGAAACACCUCAGCAACGACUCUCUCCCAUACAACCUCUUGAACCUGCGCGAUGUAGUAGAGAAACCAAUUCCAGACAUUCUGGAAAGACGUCGUUUCCAGCUGAUCAACUCCCUCUCCGAUCGCGCGCUGAGCAGGAAGGGCUCGAAUUCGGUAGCCGGAAAGCCGCAUACGGACCCGAUCAAGAACGCUGCAGGCGAGCCGUACAUUGACUUCUACUCUUGCCGUUCUUUCAACCUCUACGCUCAGCGCGGUGCCGUCUCUGGCUGCCACAUCGAUUGGCUGAACGGUACUUGGGCUCGUCUGUGGACGGGACUGAAAGCUUGGCCGGUGAUGACCAACUUGACGGAGCAGGAAAUGGAGCGCUACAAGAAGUUUGAGAGUCUCUACCUCCCCGAGAAGAACCGAUUGAAGAUGGUAGUCCUCGAGCCAGGUGAUACCUUGAUCAUGCCUCCAGGAACUAUGGUCGUUCACGCGCCAAUCACGAUUGAGGACGCAUUGAUGGACGGAGGCAUGUUCUGGGAUGAGCAGCAAAUCCUCUCAAUUCUUCGAAACAUUCACACCGUCGCGAACCAUCCCGGUCUUUCCAACGAACUGGUCGCCCGACAGUUUGCAGGAGUGAUGGAUGCGCUCGAGAAAUGGAUUGAAUCGGAUGCCAAACGAUUUGCCGGCUCUCGAGACGAGGGAGAUUUCAAGGCAGAGUUUCAAGAAAUCCUGGCGGAUCUAAAGUCCGUGAUCUCCUGCGACUGCGCCGCUCCGCACUGCAAGCCCGCCAAAUGCCCCUGCUUCCAGUCGCGAUCGGGAUGUAGCCACUGGUGCGCAUCACACAAGAGCCGGUCAUGCCAGCAGUAACUCAGAACGCCAGAUUCUAAAGCCGAGAAUCAACAUCUUCACGUCUUGUUGCAGUCUUGUUGAAGGAAAAGGAGAAAGGAAAGGACGGUCUUUGGAAUUGAGCUGGAUCUCGCCGCUUUCCGUGAACAGCCAAUUCUAGCAGACAGCGAAAGCGAAUAUCCACAGCUUGGAGCCGAGAGGGAAAGAUGAAGGAGCGUAGAGCGAUGUACGAACGUUGGUUUCGGAGUAGUGUCGGAGAGGAAAGGGGAUGAGGACUUCGGAGGGGGGAGAUCGCUUUGAGAGUGUCGGUUCGAACUGCCGUGCAUUACUCAUUCCGAGACCAUCCUAACCACCCUUGUAGCGUUGUGGCGCCGUCCCGAUAGGGCCGGAGGCAUCGAAAAGCGGCAUUAUCUUAUGGAGAUGAUGUACAUAGAACAUCAACGUGUCCAUUCAUCUAGGACAUAUGAGCAUCUACAUACUUUACCAAUUAUAGCAUUAAUACUGCAUCGCUCACU